AUGGCUGAUCGCGUAGGUCAAUCUAUCCAUCUGCCGCCACUCUCAAGCAGCAAGAAUUUCAAGUUUCGACACUCCAAAUCACCUCUCUACGACAAGACAAGUCCUGAGUGGUACUGGAAGCUUUCGCCAGCCCUCCCCGAGCUCUGGAUACGAGAUAGCAACUUGCUGACGCCCGCAAUUAUCGCUGAACUCGAAACCGCAUGGCUGCAAUACCAAAGCUUGAAUAUUCCAGGGAAAGGAGACGGGGCAAGGUUGAGCAUGAAGACGAGGCAAGGAAGAAGGCUGUUGGAGAUAGAGUACAGCAGAUUGGACCUGAGUGUAAGAAGAGCAAAAGAGGUUGCACUGGCAAGAUACGAUAAUUUCGUUAUUAGGGGAACGGAUGGAAGUCUCGACUAUCACACAGAGACCGUAGACACGAGGACGGUGAUUGGGAAGGAGGAGCAGAGUGACUCGACUCGUUGCAUCGCGAUGUGA